AAGGCGGGCGGCCGCGUUCCAAGCGUCUAUGUUGUUUCGAACUUUGGUGCCUGCGCCUUGACCGGCCAUCUGGCGCCUGCGCGUCUCUGCCUGCCUAAGGAUUCGCAGGAGACGGGCGCUCGGCAGGCGGAGGGAGUCACGGUUGUGCCGUGAGCGAAAGGGCGGCGUUCCGAGGCGGUUUCCUCUUUCCGAGAGAGGCCCCCGGUGACGGAAGGAGCCGGGCCGAAGCGGCGAGAUGGUCAUGGAGUACUUCGUGGAAAGUUUUUGGGAACGUCCCGGGAAACGUUGCGGAUACGGGGGGCCGAAGGGCAGCUCCGGGGACUCCUUCCUUCCCAAGCCCCUUUCCUUGCCGGACCCGUGUCCCCGAGGGUCGUAGUUCGGGGGAAGGAGAGCACCUGCUCGGUCACCCUCCCACUUGCCUCUUGGUCAGCUGGAGGUUUGGGCACCGCGGUCAGCGAGGACGGUCUUAAAAAGAGGCGACUCGGCCUGGCGAGAUGGGAUUGUUUACUUUUCCUUCCUGCGCUCCUGCGAAGGAAAGACGAGAGCUUCGUUCCCUGGAAGUUUGAUUCAGAGGAAUCUCCUCUCCACUCCAGGAUUUCUAAAUGCCACUGAUAUUUUCGUUAAGGCUUUGGGGGACUCCAACCGUAGCGUACGCUUUAGUCCGUGUUGUCCUUCUCGGUUCUUUUCCUUACAUUUAUCAUUGGGGGGAGGGAGGAGUGUUUUUUGAAAGAAGUGGCUUUAGACAAAGCAAGAAAACAAAGGAAACGAAUGGCAAGCUGAAGUUAUCAGUUGAGAAUGUAUUGUUAUGUACUUUGAGUACUUGAAUUGCGCAUUAAGAAGGAUUAGUGGCAUUUCAGAAAUAAAGGCAAGUCUGAUCCUUAAGUUGAUCCUGCAGUUUUAGGAAAUUGUAUAUUUACCAGACUCCAUGCUUAUUUGUAUGUGCAUACUGUCCAGGAAGGGAAACUAUUAAGGGUAUUCAUCUUUCUCUCUCCCUGACUUUAAAAUUUAGGAGCAAACUCUACAAGUAGUUAUUAGUUGGGCAAGCCAUAAUCUUAAAACUAUGAACAGCCUGUUUACAUAGACAUUAACACUGGUUUAGUGUAAAUUACUAUCUUAAAAAUUAUAAUUCUGUCUCUGCAGAAUUUCAAAAGGACUAUGUAAAUUUAGUUAUCAAUUGGAUUUGCUUUUCUUGAAAACAAUUGUUUAAAACUGGGCUAAUGCUGAUUAAGGUUGCAAAUAGAAUGAAACCCAUUAAAAUAAAAGGAAUUUAUGAAAUGUAUAUUUAAAUAGGCAUGUGCAUAAUUAUAUUGCAAAUGGUGAAAAUAAACUGUGUGUGUGUGUGUGUAGUUGAGGUUUCAAGAGCCUUAAGAUACCUUCCAUCAUGGACAUUAUUUUUACAUUCUCCAAUAUAUUACAUAAUUAUGUUUACACCGAAACUACUCCCAUUGAAAUCAAUGAGAUACACUCCCUGACAACUGUAACUUGGUUAUCUUUCUAUUUUUUCAGUACUGAUGCAAAAAUUAGUAUCCAUAAAAUGACUCUUGCUGCUAUGAACAGUACCUAUGGGUACUUUCUUAGAGAGAAGGGUGAAAGGAAUAAUGGCUUUGAUGUCCUUUAUCAUAAUAUGAAACAUGGCCAUACAUCUACAAAGGAAUUAGCAGAUUUUAUAAGAGAAAGAGCUACAAUAGAGGAAGCCUAUUCAAGGUCAAUGACAAAGCUCGCCAAAUCAGCAAGCAACUAUUCACAGAUUGGGACAUUUGCACCAGUCUGGGAUGUUUUCAAAUCAUCAACUGAAAAACUAGCAUGCUGUCAUCUAGAACUUGUUCGAAAGCUGCAAGAAUUAAUAAAAGAAGUGCAGAAAUAUGGAGAUGAACAAAUAAAAGCUCACAAAAAGACUAAGGAAGAAGUUUCAGGGACUUUGGAAGCAGUUCAAAAUUUUCAGAGUAUUACCCAGGCACUGCAAAAAGCAAAAGAAAACUACAAUUCAAAAUGCGUGGAACAAGAACGUUUGAAAAAAGAAGGUGCAACACAGAGAGAAAUAGACAAGGCAACAGUAAAAUCCAAGAAAGCUACUGAAAUGUACAAAUUAUAUGUAGAAAAAUAUGCUGCAGCAAAAUCUGAGUUUGAACAAAAGAUGAAUGAAACUUCCCAGAAAUUUCAAGAUAUUGAAGAAAUGCAUCUCUUCCAUAUGAAAGAGAUUAUAGAAUGUUUUUCAAGUACAAUAAAUGAAAUUCAUUUGCAGAUUGGAGAGGUCCAUGAAGAAUUUAGAAAUAACAUGGCAAACACAACAGUUGAAAGUCUGAUACAAAAAUUUGCUGAGUUAAAAGGCACAGGCAAAGACAGACCUGGACUAAUUGAAUUUGAAGAAUGUAAUACAGCCAGUGCAGUGGAGGGAAUAAAGCCAAGAAAAAGAAAGCAUUUUGGAUUGUCAGGGAUUAUUAAGAAGGAAAAAGAUCCAGAAUCUAUAGAAUGUCCAGAUGCAGAUUCAGUAAACAUUCCAGAUGUAGAUGAUGAGGGGUAUAGCAUUAAACCUAAAGAUUGUCAGAAUGCCAAAGAAAACCACUUUUAUUCCUCAAGUGAUUCUGACUCUGAAGAUGAUGAACCCAGAAAGUUCCGUGUGGAAAUCAAACCUGUGCAUUCAGACUGUAGUUCUCAUUAUACAGUGCCUUCUUUGGAUGAAUUAAAAGAAUCAAUAGGAAACAUCACACUUUCACCAGCUAUAUCUAGACAUAGCCUUGCACAAAUGAACCGGAAUGCAUCUAGUGAAGAGUUAACAAAAGCAAAGUUUUCUGCUUCAUCUAAUGAGAAAAGCAACAAUGACCUCUUGGCAUGGGAUCCACUCUUUAGAAAUUCUGGUGAUUCAUCUUCCCUGACCUCAACAAUGUCAUCUUCUUCAUCUGGAAGACCAACAACUCCUCUUUCAGUAGGAACAUUAGUACCUCCCCCAAGACCAGCUUCUAGACCAAAGUUGACUUCAGGGAAACUCAGUGGAAUUAAUGAAAUUCCAAGACCAUUCAGCCCUCCUUUGACCUCCAAUUCCAGUCCACCUCCAUCAGCCCCUUUGGCACGAGCAGAGAGUUCUUCCUCAUUAUCAUCAUCUACUUCACUAAGUGCAACGAAUACACCCACAGUUGGAACUUCACGUGGUCCGAGCCCUGUCAGCCUAGGAAAUCAAGAUACGUUGCCUGUUGCAAUAGCCCUAACUGAAUCUGUAAAUGCCUACUUCAAAGGAGCAGAUCCCACAAAAUGUAUUGUGAAAAUAACUGGUGAUAUGACAAUCUCAUUCCCAAGUGGGAUUAUUAAAGUGUUCACUAGCAAUCCAUCUCCUGCUGUGCUUUGCUUUAGGGUAAAAAACACAAGCAAACUAGAGCAGAUUCUUCCAAAUGUGCAACUCGUGUACAGUGAUCCAUCACAAAGUGAUUCCAGUACAAGGGAUUUUUGGAUGGAUAUGCAAGCUGUCACAGUCUACCUCAAAAAGCUAUCCGAGCAGAAUCCUUCUGCUUCUUAUUACAACGUAGAAGUUCUGAAGUAUCAGGUAUUGUCAAACGGUAUCCAGUCUACACCUCUGAAUCUUGCCACAUAUUGGAAAUGUAAUGCUAGCACAACUGAUGUAAGAGUUGAUUACAAAUACAAUCCAGCAUCUAUGGCAAUGCCAAAUAUGUUAUCCAAUAUACAAGUCAUCGUACCAGUUGAUGGAGGUGUAAUAAACAUGCAGUCACUUCCGCCAGCAAAAUGGAACUCAGAGCAGAUGAAAGCUUUGUGGAAAUUAGCUAGUAUUUCAGAAAAAUCAGAAAAUGGCGGCUCUGGCUCUCUCAGAGCUAAAUUUGACCUUUCUGAAGGACCCAGUAAGCCAACAACACUUGCAGUGCAAUUUAUCAGUGAAGGAAGCACACUUUCUGGAGUAGACGUUGAAUUAAUAGGCACUGGCUAUCGGCUUUCCCUGAUUAAGAAGAGGUUUACCACUGGACGAUAUAUGGCAGAUUGCUGAACAGCCUAUUAAGAAAACUAAGUUAUUUUCCAAUGAAUAAGAAGUUUAUUCAUUAUCUUACUAUCUUUCCAACACUAUUUUAACAUGCAUUAAUUUUUGAAAACACAUUGCAUAGUUUUUGGAGUUUAUACCCAACAAAAUGCACUUUUGAAAAUAAGUCAGUUUAAAAACUAUUCUGUUUUGAAAUAGCACUGAAAUAAACUCCAACAGUACAGAAAAUCAGUUGCAAUACUGAAACAAGAUACUGAAAUACUUAAUAGUAAUGUAGCCUCGGAGCCAAAUAGCAGUUAUGUGUGGUAUUUAAAGUGUGUGAUGCUUUGUGAUACCUUAAACAAAACUAUAUUUUAGCUUUCUAUAAAUAUUACUGAAGUAUAUUUUUCAAUAUUGCCAUUCCAUAAACAAAACAGUGGCAAAGUAUUUUUUUUGUUUUCACAUUUGCAUAUUCAUGUGUCAUAUCUUAUUAGAGAUUAUCUAUAAAAAUAACUUUAUUUCCAUAUAUCAUACAUAAUUAAAUGACCAGUGUUUUAUAAUAGAUGGUUUUUAAUGUAAAGUGCAAUGGUUUUUUAAAAUUGCAAUGUACAACAGAGUUAUUUACUUCUGCCAUUAGUUAACAUGAUGGGAGUUGUAAUUUUAAUUAAUGCUGUAGAUUAUUUAUUUUUAUAUGAAAUGUGUAAUGUUUGUGCCUUUUCAAAGCUGUGCCUGUCAAAUAUUUAUGUGCUUCUCAUUACUUGUUUUAACUAUCUAGAUCUUCCAAUUAGUAAACUUGAAGUAAGUAAUCUUAUGCUUACAGAAUGGAAGAAUCUGUUGUGUUCUAUCUUCCAUGUACCCCUCAAAUUUGCUAGGGAGGCUCUUCAGGACUCCUGGUGUCGAUUUUGUGGGGUCAUGAGGCAUUUAAAGUGGGAAGGAGAAGCCAACCAGCACACUACAAUUUCUUUCUCUGGAAGAUAGGCACAAUUGGAUAUAACUUGGCAUUUGAAAAUCAAAACAGAAAAUAGCCUUUAAAAUAACUUCUGUUGGGUUAAAUGCAAUAAAUGCAGCCAUUACAAAAGAAACCUUUUAACUUUUGUCAGUUACCAUAUAGUAUCAUCAUUUAAAAUAUCACCAAAGAUAUGUAAAAAUCCUGACAAUGAAUUAAAUUUUAAAACAAUAAAAAAUGCUACACUUCUGAAAAGUGUAGAAUUCCCUAGCUACAAAAAGAUGAAUUUCAUAUGCUUUCAAACAUAUAAAAUGGAUUUAAAGUGUUGCUUAUGAGCAGCAAUGUUGUUUUAAAGGUCUAUUUUAAGAAAAACAAAAAUAAUUAUUGAUAAUUUCAAUAAAUGUUUUAUGACCACAAAUAAAGAAGCAGGUAAUAGCCGUAAUACAAAGAAAGUGACCCAUUUAAAUAAGUUUGAUACAAAUCCUGUUUUUAGAAUUUAUAUGCCUUUAAAAAAUUAAAUGUAAAAGUCAAAAGUUAUUAGGGAAGGUGAAUUAUAUGACCAACAUCACCAGAAAUUAAGUACUUUUUCAAAUUCUAGUUGCUAACAAAACCAUACAUGAAAAUCACUAACUCAGUGGAUUAAUGAAUAAAAUAGUGGAUUAAUAUAUCAGUGUUCUAUAUGGCCACUAAAUUUUGAUGAAUCCUUAGCACACUACAAAUAAAGCUAGAUGUAUUCUGUUCUAUUGACAAAGUAAUGAAUACCUAAGAUAAAUCAGAUAUCUUUUCCUCCCUCUUGUGAGACCAUUAAUCUCCUACAAAAAGUGGAGAGAAAAUAUCAGUGAUGGUUUUUUUUUGGGGGGGGGGGUAUCAGACACCUGAAAUGUGGCUGUCUUGUUUUUAAAGAUACAUGGAUCAUUUUUUUGUUUUAAAAAAGAAAUAAACCUUUGCCAUCACUUCAUGUGACAUACCUUCAGCAGCCCAGCAACAUUCAUUCUUUAGCUGUGAUAUAAAUGUCUCUCAGAAAGAUACUACAUUAUGACAUUAUAAUGUACAAGAUACUCUGGCUCAUUAUUGGGAUGGGAGGGAAAUGGCAGCUAAUUUUUUUUCCUUAAGAAAAAAAAGCCACUUUAUCUUUGAUUUUCAACUCUGGCCUCUCACUCAAAAUUCUUCAGUUUCACAUUUUCAACCAAAAAUGAAUCCAAUUGUAAUUGUUUUCAGACAAAUACUGAAAAGCAUGAAUAAUUCAUAGAUUAAUAAAUGAUUAUAGAAUUGCAGUCAAAAAUUAGUUUAUAUAUUUGCCUUGUUUUAUAAAAAAAACUAAGAUUCCAUUAGAGUACUACACAGUUAAUUUUUAUAUUGUAGAAUAAAAUGUUUUGAUGGAAUUUUUAACAAAUUGAGAUUUCAGAUGGUACAGACUUUUAAUGGAUUCUUAAUCUGCUAAUACAAUCAACAACUGAACAGUUCAAUAAUUUUUGAAAGUCAGUCUGUUUUAUCUUCCAUUUUAAUCAUGUAUUCUUUCUAAAUCAGUGCUAAAUUUCAGCACCUUCUAGCCUUACUACCAAAUGUUCUCAAAUACAUAUUCACAAAGGCUGCAGGUUAUAAUUUUGAAGCCAUGCAACUUUAUAUUUUUUUUAAUCUAUAUCUAAAUAUAGGUAUAGAUGUGUAUAAAUAAAACCUAUCUCGUGGAAAUUUCAUGUAGCAAGCUGGAUCUUGCUUGUUUAUAAAGAUAUUGCCUUUGUAGCUGCCUAUUGGGAGAAUUUGUAAACUCAAAUCUGAAGGGUCUACAGGUUCUACAAAUUGUAAAUUAAAGCAAUAUAAAUCUUAGAGAAAUUGUAAAUACAUCUGAUCUUUUACAAAAAUGUUUUAAAAAUUGCACCUAUAAUAAACAUGUAAUAUAUAA